AUGGCAGAACCUAAAAAACUAUUACCCCAGGAAGGUACCAGCAAAGCUGGAGAAUCCUUCCCCACCGCACCGGACUCGCGGGGGGUGGGCUGUCCCAAGUAUUCUGGGGGGGACAAGUUAGGCCAUGAGUGGGAGGAUGAGGAGGAGGUAGAUGCAGCGAGGAGGGAGUUUGUGGAGAGGCUGCUGGACGAGAUGGAGGCAGAAGCAAUGGAGGGAUUAGAUUCGGAUUUCUCCGGAUCGAGUCUCUCCUUGGAUUCUGAAGUAGGAAGUGACGUUGCCGGCACAUCAACACCGUUGCCGCAACGACGAUCUCAGCGUAAGAGGCGGAUCGUUGAGAAGUCGAAACCGGAAGAUGACGCACCCGAGAUCGUUUUUAAAACACCGGUGCAAAAACCCGCAACACCAUCUGCGGCAAGGAGGACGCCCGUCACAAAAGUGGGUGACAGUAGUGCCGGGCCAAAGAAAACAACGAGGGGUGAUAAUGACCCUGAAUUGGAGCAUGCGAAGGCUGAAUUGGCCGCCGCUACAAAAAGAGACAUGGAGAUGGAGGCAGCAGCUGCAGCAGUGGUUGUUCCGAAACCGGCGAAGCGUCUGGUAACCCGCAGACCCUCAGAUGAGGAUGCGAAGCGAUCCGACGUCCUGGUUUCGGAUAUCCAGGAGUGUGCCCAGAAGGUCCUUGAUGCCGUGAAGAAGUCCGGCCACCUGAAGGGCACAAUCGUGAAGGACAUUAAGGACGCCGUAGCUACCAUCCGCGCGGCGUCUGAGUCAUUGGCGGGGUGGACGUCAUCAACCGAGUGCGCAGCAAUGCGCCGAGAGAACUCCCGGUUGUCACGAGACUUGGCGGACAUGCGGGAGAUGAUGACCGCCAUAAGGGAGGAGUCCGCCAAGUACUAUGUGGAGUUGCGGGACCUCAAAAAGAAGACCAUGGGGUCCGUCGCCCAGGACACGGACGAGCUCGCGAUGCUCAAGGCGGAGAGGGCGGAGUGGGAGCAGGAGAUCGCUGCGACCCGCAACUCCUACCAGGAGUUACUCAAGAGGAGCACUGAGGACCGCCUGGCGCUCAAUUCGCUCCAAAGCAAACUGGCGGCGGCUAAAGUGGCUUUGGCGAAACUGCCGGAUAGUGCGGCCAUGGAGGUGACUUCCGAUGCUCGAGGUGCUGAACUGGGUGUGCAAGGCCCGGUGAUCUCCGAGAGUGUCGAGACACGGAUUGUUCGGCAAAUCGGUGACAUCUUCAAUGCCCGAUUUGAGAAGAUUGAAGAGCUCGUGGGCAGGCAGAACAAUUCGCCGCCCAAACGGGCCACGGCUGCACCCCGAACACCUGGGGCGGCCAAGAAAGGAGGCAGUGCGGCUCCUGUUGCCAGCACCAGUAGGGCGGGAUUAAGCGCUUCUCAGCCGCUUCCCACUAUCAACGAGCAGUGGACGACCGUUGUCCGGAGAGGCAAGCGCGCCAAAAAGGCUAAGGGCCAGGAGUCGGCCCCAGCCACACAGGCGGCAUCAGGACGCGAAACGUCUACUCAGGCGACUCAAAAGGAGGCCAACAGUGAGGCUGCCAAAAAGAAAAAGGCGCGAAGGAGGCAAUUCCGCCAGCCGCGCUCCUCGGCGAUAGUGUUAACACUGAAGCCGGGAGCUGCGGAGGCGGGAUCGAGUUAUACAUCGGUGCUCCGAGAGGCCCAACAGAAGAUCAAGUUGGAUGCCCUCGGAAUCACCGAACUCGGAUUCAGAUUGGCCGUUACGGGCUCCCGUAUCCUGGAAGUGCCAGGGCCAUUGGAGGAAAGCGGCGGUAAGGCGGAUGCCCUCGCCGCAAAACUGUCGGAGGUGCUUCCGGCAGAGGUGGUCAGCGUCACCAGGCCGGUCAAGUCAGCGGAGUUCCGCGUCUUGGACCUGGACGAUGCCACAACCGCAGCUGAUGUGGUGGCAGCCGUAGCGCGCGAGGGAGACUGCACCGAGGCCUCCGUAAAAACGGGGGAGAUCCGGCGCUCUCCCUCAGGGAGUGGCUCCGUCUGGGUCCGAGGCCCAAUAGGAGCAGUAAAGCGGCUGGUCGAUGCCGGCAGAUUAAAAGUGGGGUGGACGAUGGCACGGGUGCGGUCCUUAGACCCCCGGCCGAUGCGGUGCUAUCGCUGCCUGCUCACGGGUCACGUGGGCCAGCGGUGCACCGCCAAGGAGGACUGCGGCGGAGCCUGCUUCCGCUGCGGACAAGACGGCCACAAGGCCGCCUCGUGCACCGCCCCCUCGCCGCACUGCCCCUAUUGUGCAGCGGCGAAGAGGAAGGCUGACCACCGAAUGGGAAGCACCAAAGGGUGCUGUCUGCCCAAACAGGCGGCGAGAGUGGAGACGAUGGAGGCCGAGACCGGCCCGUCGCCUCCCACCAUGGGCCUCGCGGCAGCUGACGCGGGGGCGUCGGCUGUCACCUAA